GGUAGCGCGCCCUGAGCGCAUGCGCACAGCGCUAAGCAGCUUUCUGUCCCUGCGACGUCGCCGGCGUAACCCUUAACAAAUUAAUGUUAUCGAUUGAAAAACCUAUACGUUACGUUUAAAUAUUAACAUGACACUUAGUUAACAAUAAUUAUGUCGCGUACCGCACGGAAGUUUGUACAAGUGACGAAAUUUUUACUUGCUGGUGUGACUAUAUUCUGUGUGAGUUGGAUGGCAUGUGUCAAUGAAUGGCACUCAGGGGUUCGCUGGAAAGAACACCGUAAUUUACAAGAGAAUCUUUCAACAAUGCGCACCAUUGUUGGAUAUUCGGCAGGCAAACAAGCUGAACUUGACAGACCUUCACCAGAGGCAUGUAGCAGGCUGCCUGCCUUUCCAAAAGUCCCAUUUCUUAACCGAACGUGGUCUCGUGGCAUCCAAGACUCGAUAUGGCAGAGAGUGAAGGGUACAUCUGUGUCUCUCUAUUCUGCUUAUUACGACGAGAGAACACCCCAACGUUACAUUCGCGUACUUGCUGCAUUUCACGGUCGCAACAUAUCAACUGAAAAGUCAUUAUUCUGCCAAACCCGAUCAAUCGACGCCAAUAAUUAUUCCGUAGAAGUUGUCGCAGCAAAACCAUUAGAAAUUUGGUGGACCGAGUGGGAUAAUUCGUCAUCAGACGUAGAAACACCGGUUUUGCUGUCAUGUCCUUUAACAGAACCUCUCACUGAACCUUCGAUUAUAUCUAUCGUCACUGAACCGUGUGAUGAUCCCUCCAAUGGGUUUUAUAUCAGAAAAAAACGUUUUAGCUUACAAUAUGAAAGGACCUUUACAAUAUGCGUAAAGGAUUUAAAAUUUCAAAAUGAUAUUUCUCAAAAAUUAGUUGAAUGGAUUGAAACGAAUAAAUUGCUCGGUGCAGAAAAGAUAGACAUGUAUAUUGACAGUUUAAGCAAAGAGAGUGAAGAUGUUUUGCUUCGUUAUCGCUCUCAAGGCUAUGUACGAUUAUUUCAAAUUCCUAUUAAGUAUAAGAAUGAACGAUCACUAUGGCAAAGAAGGAGAGAUCACAUUAUAUCAUAUAACGACUGCUUAUACAGAAAUAUUAUAGAAUCAAAAUACAUAGUACCACUAGAUAUUGAUGAAAUUUUGCUACCAAAAAUUGCCUACACGUGGUCAGGCCUAUUAAGACGUUUGAAAUAUAAAGGUUGGAAUCCAAAUCAAUAUUCAGCUAUUUUAGUACGAAAUGUUUUCUUUUUUGACUUCAUGCAGGACAUUCAUAAUUAUAAACCAAGUAAACACACAAAUGAGACGAGAAUCUAUAUCAAACGCGAUGACGUUCGGAUAGGAAAUGAACAAAAUUUAGUAUUAAAAGAAAUAGAAUUAAUCGAUGAUACGAGUUACUUUAAGUACAAUUUAAAUGAUGACUAUGAUAAAAUUAAGUAUGGAUCUGAAUGCGAUAAGGACCUACCUAUACCUAAAUUAGCAAGUCAUAUAGUUAGCUCAGCAGUUAUAAGCCCCACAGGACACUAUAGCAAAAGUUUUAUGCUAACAAAAAGAGUGCUGACAGCAUUUAAUCAUUAUCCUUUGGCUAGUCUCGGAACAACAGGCAUAGCUGGAUGGUCGGCGCCCUUUAACGAAGUGCAAAUCAACCAUUACAAGGACUCUUGCAAUACAACGGUUGUGACCGAAUGCGAGCUGUAUGCAAGAAGAGCUCGCGUAGAUCGCUCAGCGCUGCGGCUGAGAAAACCUCUGAUGAAAGCAAUAGCCCUAGCGAUUUGUUCAAAAUUAAAUACUGUAUAA